UUUGUUACUGUUGUUUGAUUACUAAUACGGGGUUAGCUCACCUAUCAUUUGAUUUUAGCUGACGCAUUAUCAAACUGAGUAUAUAAGUAAAGUUAAAGUUUGAGAGUCUAGUGCUAUCGAUUGGAGGGCGUUUACCACUGGAUUCACAUGCUACAUUUCAGAGGGGCUGCUCUGCAUACCAUGUGGAGCUAAACAGGAGUUUCCGCACAAAGGGGGGAUGUGUGACUUGUAUUUAAAAGUCCCCCUAUGGUGCAGCCCUUAUCCUGUCACCAGCCCAGCCGGAGAUGGGGCUCUGCGGACAGGCCGGCCGGCACAGCAGCGCGGGGACUGAGCUCGGGUCAACAAAAAUGCCUACUGUGAAGUAUCAGAGAGGGGACAUGGUGAUGGGCCGCUGGCCUGGCAGCAGCCUGUAUUACGAGGUGAAGGUGCUUCACUUUGAUGCCAAAAGCCAGCUUUACACUGUCAUCUACAAGGAUGGCACUGAGCUGGAACUCAAGGAGCAAGACAUAAAGAGUGCAGCUGGUUUCCAGUCGCGCCCUCGCUCCCGCUCUCGUUCUCGAUCACCAGGCCGUCGACGCAGCCGCUCUCGUUCCCCAGCACGGACCACGCGGCCCUCGUGCACAGCGGCGGCCGUCGCUGCUGCAGCUAUCACAGAGAGCACACCGCCUUCUCGCAGCGAUGCUAAGCUGAAGGAUUCAUUCGAAGUCAGGCUAAUUCCCCCGGAACAGACAAAGGCAUCUGAGAACAAUGGCAACAAAAAGCAUGAAAAGAAAGAGGACAAUGAGCCUGCUAACAAAGUAAAUGAGUCAGAGCCAGAGAAGAACCAAAGCCGUUACAAUCUACGGCGCAGGAAGGACGAUGGAGAUGGCAAAGCUGAGGUCAAAGCAGAGCAGCUGGAAGAAAAAGAGGCCAAGAUGGCUGCAGCUGCUGCUCCCCCCUCCGUUUCCCUUGACUUUGGAGGGAAGCUAGGUGCUUACUUCUGGCUGCUCUUCCUGCCAGCCUGGGUUCUCUUCCUGGUACUCAAAGUCAACCAGGAAGACCCCAGCCUCGCCAACUUCCCCCCUCCUUGGCCCCCCCUUGAAAGCUUUUGGGAUGCUAAGGCUCUUGGAUUUGUCGUUCUCUGGAUCUUAUUCCAGGUCCUGCUCUACAUCUUACCCGUUGGAAAGCUGAGCGAGGGCAUGCCACUGCGCUCUGGGGAGAGGCUGAAGUACAGAACCAAUGGUUUCUUUGCCAUGGUGGUGAGUUGUGUGGCAGUAGCAGCAGCGGUGCAGCAAGGUGCUGACCUCACAUACAUCCACAGCCACUUCCUGCAGCUGGCUGUGUCCUCCUUCCUGAUCUCCGUCCUGCUCAGCAGCUACCUUUACCUCCGCUCUGGGCGCGCUGCUGCAGAGCAGCUGGCACUGGGCGGCAGCUCUGGAAAUGUGGCUUAUGACUUUUUCAAAGGACGUGAGCUCAAUCCACGAAUCAAAUACUUUGAUCUAAAAUUCUUCUGCGAGAUGCGCCCUGGUCUGAUUGGCUGGUGUCUGAUCAACUUUGCGCUGGCGCUGACGGAGAUGAAACGGCAGGGUCUGGAGGCUCCCUCUCACGCCAUGAUCCUGGUAAACCUCUUCCAGCUGCUCUACGUGGCCGAUGGCCUCUGGAACGAGGAGGCCAUCCUGACCACCAUGGACCUAAUGCACGAUGGUUUUGGCUUCAUGUUGGCGUUUGGAGACCUGGUGUGGGUGCCCUUCACUUACACCCUGCAGGCUUACUACCUGGUGAGCCGGCCCACCCCGCUGAGCCCCCCUGCCCUCGCUGCCAUUGUCACACUUAAACUUGUUGGAUUCUACAUCUUUAGAAAGUCAAACUCUGAGAAGAACGCCUUCAGGAGAAACCCAUCAGACCCCCAACUUUCCCAUCUGAAGACCAUCCCCACAGCUACAGGGAGGAGUCUGCUGGUGUCUGGGUGGUGGGGGGUGGUGCGCCACCCUAACUACCUGGGGGACCUGCUGAUGGCUCUAGCCUGGUCCCUGCCAUGUGGCUUCAGCCACCUCCUCCCUUGGUACUACAUGAUCUACUUCAUCAUCCUGCUGGUGCACCGAGACUCCCGUGACAUGAGCGAGUGCCGAAGGAAGUACGGCUCAGCGUGGGACGAGUACUGCCGAACAGUUCGCUACCGGAUCAUUCCCCGCGUCUACUGAGGGUGCCAGACUCCUCUGCUGAGGCCCCCCAGUCAAACUCUCAUUAAUAAUGGAUGGGCCACUGUUUUUACUUUUAUAAUCUUUUGUUUAAACUAAGAAUAUUUUAAAUUGUGUUUCUGGACUGAAGAAGCUACAGUAUUGUUAAUGUUUGUAAGGAAGAAAAACAUGCCACAUUGGUAUUGUGGACUAUUCGAAGAACUGCCUUUUUAAUAGAAAAUACAAAAAAAUAUAGAUUUAAAAAGUUUGAAAAUCUGGGGGAAUUUAAAACCACCUCUGCUUGGAAUGUGUUGUUGGGAUGUAUAUUUUUGUAGAUACACAUUUGUUUUUAUACUUCAAGAAUAUUGGAAAGAUUUCCAAAAUGUACAUUAUUUUGGUAAAUCUUUGCAUAUUCAAUAGAACAAAGGAUUUCAGCUUAGUUUAUAUGAAUACUUGUGUAGUACACCUUGCUUGUGUAUGUUGUGAAGGAGGUUUUAAAUAAGCUGCACAGUGGAACGUGUUCUUUCUCAGGAUCCAGAACCUUGUCCAAAGCUCCAUUAGAACAGUUUUGUCUUGUUAAUUGUGUGUAUCUUUUUAUAUAGAUAUCUAAUUUUGACUUGAGAGUGUAAAAUGAUUUUGGAGAGUUCAGGAAAGAUGCAAGUGUAAUUAUGAGCGUCACUGCUUUACAAACAAAAUGACUGAAUCAUAUUAACAAUAAUAUAAGUUUCUGAGCUAUUGACUUGUAUUUCCUGCACUUGAUGCCGCUAAUGAAACCAUUCUGUCCAGCUAGAUUAUGAGCUGGUUGUUCAUUUCCCACCACUGCCACACACGUUUGCUUUUCCUUGUCUAGCAGAUGUAAUGAUGUUUAUACUGUGAUGACAUGGAGCCCUUUUUUUAAUGCAUUUACAAAACCCAAAAAGUAUGUUCUGCCUGCCGCUGUAGAGCCCAGUAGCAAUACAUUGACUAGACUAGUAAGCAUUUCUUAUGCUGUGACUGCAAUGUAAAUAUUGUUUUUAAAUCCUUUUCAAUGAGAGUAGUGAUGAUAACAAUGUUCCCAUUGUAUAUUUCAUUUGUUGCAUGUGUUUGGUUGUUUGAAGUUAACUUUGUAAAUCUGACCACUGUAGUAAUGUUUACACAUAGAUGUUUCUGGACAAUACUUCUACGUAUUAAAAGCACAUGUGGAAUGGUCUGUAACAGUGUUUGUCUGAUCAGACAUGUUAGAUCAAGAGAAGUCAGGUCACAUGCUGUGCUUAGCAGUUGGUGGGCAGCCUGAGUGGAAGCAGUACGUUGGAUCUACUUUUACAGUGAGCAUCAAUCAUAUCUGUGACUGGCUGGAAAAAGCUUCUCUAUAAAAAUGGUGCAGCAUCAAAUAAAGAUUGAGAGUAUUUCCGUGG